GAUACCUGUUGACAACUUGGAUACUGUCACUCGAUCGAAGAUCAUACGUCUUUCUCACGAACUGGGGUUAUACCUUGCUGACGCUGCAAUCUGUGAUUUGUUGGAUAAUGUUAACUUCAGCCACUAUCGAUAGCAGAGUAUCCAAAGGUUUUUCUGAAGGUUGUCUUGCCAAAUUUCACAAUGUGUACUGGAUCAUUCAUGCAAUAUCCAAUGCUAUAGGUUUCUUGAUAAGUAUAAUUUAUUGGACGACCAUAUACGGACCGUCAGGUGGAAAAUUUACUGCCACAAAUUUCUUCGUUCAUGGGAGUAACUCCAUAACGAUAUUUCUGGACCUCUGCAUCACUGCCCAUCCGAUUUAUCUAAUCCAUUGUUGUUAUCCUAUGAUUUUUGGAUUGGUAUACCUAACAUUCUCAAUUAUAUUUUACUUCUGCGACAAGGGAAG